UGGAGCCGUCGCCCCGCUCCCCGGCAGCCGGCGGCAUGAACACCUGCGAUGCCAAGGAGUACCUGGCCCGGAGGGAGAUCCCGCAGCUCUUCGAGAGUCUGUUGAAUGGAUUAGUGUGUUACAAACCUGAUGACCCAAUAGAAUAUUUGGAAGGAUGUUUACAAAAAGUGAAGGAACUGGGAGGGUCAGAAAAAGUGAAAUGGGACACGUUUGUUAGUCAAGAAAAGAGGACAUUACCCCCACUCAAUGGAGGACAAUCAAGAAGAUCCUUUUUCAGGAAUGUGAUGCCUGACAAUCCUAACUUUCCUUAUCGACGAUAUGACCGACUCCCUCCAAUCCACCAAUUCUCCAUAGAAAGUGACACAGAUCUUUCUGAAACUGCUGAGCUAAUUGAGGAGUAUGAUGUAUUUGAUCCUACAAGACCUCGACCAAAAAUCAUCCUUGUCUUAGGUGGCCCAGGAAGUGGGAAGGGAACCCAAAGUUUGAAAAUAGCAGAACGUUAUGGAUUUGAAUACAUAUCAGUUGGUGAAUUGUUAAGGAAGAAGAUCCACAAUACAAGCAGCAAUAGAAAAUGGAGUCUAAUUGCUAAAAUAAUUACUACGGGAGAACUGGCCCCUCAGGAAACAACCAUAACUGAGAUAAAGCAGAGAUUAAUGCAGAUUCCUGAUGAAGAAGGUAUAGUUAUUGAUGGAUUUCCAAGAGACGUUGCACAGGCACUCUCCUUUGAGGACCAAAUCUGCACUCCAGAUUUGGUGGUGUUUCUGGCCUGUUCCAAUCAGCGGCUGAAAGAAAGGUUAUUGAAACGUGCUGAACAGCAAGGGAGACCUGAUGAUAACCUCAAAGCCACUCAAAGACGACUUAUUAAUUUCAAGCAGAAUGCUGUUCCACUGGUCAAAUAUUUCCAGGAAAAGGGGCUAAUCAUCACAUUUGAUGCGGACAGGGACGAAGAGGAAGUUUUCUAUGACAUAAGCAUGGCAGUCGACAAUAAGCUAUUUCCUCCCAAAGAGGCAGUGGCAGGGCCAAAUGAACUUGAUCUAAGUCUGAUUAUGGAUUCUGGAGAUGUCGCUGAUACCGAAUUUGACUUUGAAGACCAGGCAGAUGACCAAUCAAAUUUCUCUGGAUAUGAGAACACAGGCGAUUUUACAGAAGAUUUAAGGAAAUCUAACAUCAUUUUUGUAGUUGGUGGCCCUGGCUCUGGCAAAGGAACCCAGUGUGAACAAUUAGCACAGAAAUAUGGAUUUACACAUCUGUCUACUGGUGACCUCCUCCGACGUGAAUUAACAUCAUCAUCAGAGAGGAGCAAACUGAUCAAAGACAUCAUGGAAUGUGGCGAACUGGUGCCUGGAGAUAUUGUUUUGGCGCUACUGAAGGAGGCCAUGAUUGCCCGUUUAGGAGACACAAAGGGAUUUCUGAUUGAUGGGUAUCCCUGGGACGUGAAACAAGGAGAAGAAUUUGAAUGCAAGAUUGGGGAGCCAAAACUUGUGCUCUGCCUGGACUGCUCCACCGAGACCAUGAGCAGUCGCCUUUUGAAGAGGAGUCAGUGCACUGCUGAUGCCGAAGCUGUCAUGAAACGAAUGGCUACGUAUUACCAAGCAACUGAGCCCGUGAUUGCAUAUUAUGAAAAGAAGACACAGUUAUGCAAGAUAAAUGCAGAAGGAACGCCAGAAGAGGUUUUUCUUCAAGUCUGCACAUCAGUCGACUGCUUUCUGAAAAAGGAAGAGGAAGCAUUGUCUCUUUCAGCAGAAGUACAGUAAUGGUUUACAUACAAAGUUUCAUCUCAUGUGCACUUGCUGUUUAAAGCAAUAUCUGCUGUCUUGAGAGAUAUCUGGAAUUUGUGCAUGUGGUAUUAAAUGUUAUUUUAAAAUAAAUCUUUUAUUUAUAAUCAUACAGUAUGCUAAAUACAAAAUGGUCUCCACACUAAAACCACACUAGUACUGUAUGUUGUUUAUCAAAUUGUUUGCACUUCACAGGUUAACAGCAGCAUGGUGAACAGCAGCUCCAGUUUAUAUUUAUAGUAUCAUGCAUUUGAAUAUAAUCAUAUGUAUUGCACAAUCAGCAGUUCCUUCAACUGCCAUAUAGCAAAGACUUUCAGGAUUGCUCUGUCUCAUUGCAAUGAGGUUUUUUUCCCUUUCUUUCAUUAAUUAACACUGUUCAU